AUGCCACCCUUUUUUCCCGGGAGGGGAGGGACUUCCGAGAAGAGAAUCGGGGAGUUCAGGAGAGACAUUGGGCAAAACCAGUUUCCUAGAGAGGAGAUCGAGAUGACGGACUUUGGUGUUGGUGCGAAGAUGUCAGUCUUGCCAGACAAGACUUCUAGCAUUAUUGUGGCACCCAAAGGAUACAAUCUCAGCCUUCCUUGCUCUCCAUUCAUUUCAAAUGGAUCAAACAUUAAAUGGCAGACUGUUGACAAUGCAAAAAAGGCAGAAUGCAAAGGGUCAAAUGGAUAUGUUUAUAUGUUUCCUGCUCCUGAUGAGAGUGAAAUAGUGAAAGCAAAACCUGUGAUUUAUGUGGAAAUGGCAGAUUCCUUGGAAGAAACUUCCUCAGAGACAGUUAUACAUGUGGAAGAGCACAGUGUGAUACAUGUGCAUUGCUUGACAUUGGGAUCUGAUGUCAGAUGGAGAUGGAGUGACUCUUCCCAUCCUGAAAACACAGGAGAAAAUGUACAGCUGAAAGUUCAGGGGACAGGCAUCCCUGUGAUUUAUUCCAAAUUGACAGUUAAUGUAUCUCGAAAUCGCCAUGGCCAGAAUUUCCCAGAGUUCCUCAUAUCCCGAGAACCAGAAUUUGGCCACCCACUAUUUGAAGGAAUGAAAGUUUCUCUCAAUUGUGAAGUGGAUGCAAAUCCAGUGAGCACUCCAUUGUGGAUUAAGUCAUCUCAUUCUCGUGAAGAAGUGAGAGGUGAAAAUGGACUGCUGUACUUUGAUGCUGUGGUACCAGAUGACUCAGGAUGGUACAAGUGCAUGACUUCUCAUGCACUUGGGAAUUUCUCAUCUCUUGGUUAUCUUCUUAACAUCAUGCCAGUUGAUGUUGAGAAGGAAAAUGAGCACAUUGGAGAGGAGUCAACAGAGAAAUCCAAAGAGGCUAUUCAACUCCCAGGGGAUUUCAUCGUUGAAGAACCUCCUCUUCAGGUCCAGACAUGUCCUCCCAUCAAGGUGGGCAAGAGUAGAAUGAGCAUUUUGAGGAAUGAUGGUGUUCUUGAAGCAGGAGCUUGCUUUUUCAUGCAGAGGCAUACUUUUAGCUUUCAGCCAGAGACUGCUCAAGGCACAAAUGUGAUUUUGCUUUUGAGAACUUCAGAUGGGAAUGUCCACGCUGAAAACAUGGAUUUCGGGGUUGGACACAAGUUCAGUCUGUCCUCUGCACCUCCUUGUGUUCAACUGUAUUUCACAUUCCAUAUCCUGGUUCUUCUACUUCAGCUGCUUUUGUAUGAGGCAGAUGACCCAAUGUGA